AUGGGAAAAGAGAACUUCAUCCGACAAAUCGAAAACUCGGUCGAGUUCAGACUCCUCGACAAAGUAGUCAAGAGAGAACUCACAGCGCAAGAUGCAGUCCAAGAAGUCAUCAACAUGACCAUGACUGCAUUAUCCGUCCAUGGCCCAAACAAGCAAGGCGGCAUCGGCCUGCCAGACUACAACAUCUCUCUGGCGGUGAUGGAGCUCGCUCAACGCCUGGAGCCAUCCAAACAUACCAAACUUGUCGAGUUUGUAUCUCAUCUCCAGAAGCAAGUUGCCGUUGAUCCAUCUACGAACGAACCACUCAGAGUCCAGGGUGAUACCCUCUGGACCGACAUGCCGUCGUUCGGCUACACGGAGCUGGAGACGUGGUAUGAGUUUGGGGGUGACUACAAAGACCCCCGUGAUGCAACGCUGGAUUCUGAGCAACGCGGUCGCUGGGCAAAUCUCAACGCUUUCCUCGCGCAGCUCACUCAGACCGCGGAAAUACACUAUCCGUCUCCCAAGGAAGAAGUGCGAUUCUCUCCCUUGGAUAAAUCACUGCGGGCCAUCUGGACCAUGGCCAUGGCCUUUGAGAACGAGCGCUCUCCUGCGUCGCUGGGAGAUACGGCGGCGAUGGAGGCCGCCUGCCUGUGGUUCAUCUUCGCUGCGGAGCGUCUGUGGGCCAAUGUGGUCAAUAAUCGCACGUAUCCUGAGGUGGCUGGGGCUGGGCCGGGGAAGAGGUAUGAAGAGGAGAGCUGGACGGGCUAUACGCGGGAGCGUUGGGGCAUCUGGGAGGAUGCGCUGAAGAAGGCUAGGGCUGCAGGCGAAAAUGAGCGGAUGUGGAAGCUGAUUGAUGAUGCUUUGGCGAGUCUGAGAAGGGUGAUGGUGGAUCAAUAG